UGUGCUGAGGGUGUCCUCAGAGUGAGAACAUCACAGGGCUGCAGUCUGUCUGCCAUGGCCUGUCUGAUGGCCGCCUGGUCUGUGCAUAACCCAACUGUGACCAAUUCCAUCAUCAUGAACACCAAUGGACCCCCGGACCUGAUGCUGGACCCCAGGACAGUGUGCAUCUGUUUGGAAGAGGUGAUCAAUAAGCAUCCGACGGGAACCCAACAGACACCGCUGCUGCAGAAACACCCGAAGAAGAUGGAUGGACCCCUGAAGAAAGUGGACAACAUCCUGACGGAGGCCCAGAGGUUCUCCUCGUUACCACGGAGACCAGCAGUCAACAUAGAGUUUAAAGAUGUCUCCUACUCAAUCAGAGAGGGACCCUGGUGGAGGAAAAAAGGUUACAAAACUUUGCUCAAAGGUAUCUCUGGGAAAUUCACCAGCGGGGACCUGGUGGCCAUCAUGGGGCCCUCGGGAGCCGGAAAGUCCACGCUCAUGAAUAUCCUGGCGGGAUACAGGGAGACGGGGAUGAAGGGGGAGAUCCUGAUCAACGGUCUACCCAGAGACCUACGCUCCUUCCGGAAGGUUUCCUGCUACAUCAUGCAGGAUGACAUGCUGCUCCCACACCUCACCGUGCAGGAAGCCAUGAUGGUUUCAGCCAACCUGAAGCUGCAGGAGAAGGAGGAAGCUCGAAGGGAGAUGGUAGGUUUUGCCUUCAUACAGGUUCCUUGCUCCGAUUCUGACAUCAGAGUCUGUCCAGAGGUCUGUUUCUGUUUUCGGCUCCAUCAGGUCCAGGAGAUCCUGACAGCUCUGGGUCUGUUGGAUUGUACUAAAACGAGAACGUUCCACCUAUCAGGGGGUCAGAGAAAGAGGCUGGCCAUAGCUCUGGAGCUCGUCAACAAUCCUCCGGUCAUGUUCUUCGAUGAACCCACCAGUGGUUUGGACAGUUCGUCUUGUUUCCAAGUCGUCUCUCUUCUCAAAGCUCUGGCUCGGGGAGGACGGACCGUCAUCUGCACCAUUCAUCAACCCAGUGCCAAGCUCUUCGAGCUUUUUGAUAAGCUCUAUGUGCUGAGUCAAGGUCAGUGCAUCUACAGAGGAAAAGUGUCCAGUCUGGUUCCAUACCUGCAGAACCUUGGACUGAACUGUCCCACCUACCACAACCCGGCUGACUUCAUCAUGGAGGUUGCCUCGGGGGAGUAUGGUGACCAGAUGGUGAGGCUGGUGAAGGCAGUUCAGAACAGGAAGUCUGAGGAGGACCAUCAGACACAGCUGAACGGAGACACCAGCGUCCAACCCCUCCUGUGGCAGGAGGAGAGUUCUUCAUCUGAAGGUUGUCACAGCUUCUCAGCCAGCUGCAAGACUCAGUUCUGCAUCCUGUUCAGGAGGACUUUCCUCAGCAUCCUCAGAGACUCGGUGCUGACCCACCUCAGGAUCUCCUCUCACAUCGGGAUCGGAGUUCUGAUCGGCCUACUGUACUUGGGCAUCGGGAAUGAGGCCAAGAAGGUUCUGAGUAACUCGGGCUUCCUCUUCUUCUCCAUGCUGUUCCUCAUGUUCGCUGCCCUCAUGCCCACAGUGCUAACAUUUCCUCUGGAGUUGGGAGUUUUCCUGAGGGAACACCUGAACUACUGGUACAGUCUGAAGGCAUACUACCUGGCUAAGACCAUGGCUGACCUCCCCUUCCAGAUGGUCUUCCCGGUGGUGUACUGCAGCAUUGUUUACUGGAUGACGGCUCAGCCUCCGGACGCCGGCCGUUUCUUCCUCUUCCUGUCCCUAGGAGUCCUUACGUCUUUGGUGGCUCAGAGUCUGGGUUUGCUGAUCGGAGCUGCCUCCACCUCGCUGCAGGUGGCCACAUUUGUUGGUCCGGUCACGGCGAUCCCGGUCCUGUUGUUCUCAGGGUUCUUCGUCAGCUUUGACACCAUCCCCUGGUACCUGCAGUGGAUGUCUUACAUCUCCUACGUCAGGUAUGGUUUCGAGGGUGCCAUCUUGUCCAUCUAUGGUCUGGAUCGAGAGGAUCUACACUGUGAUGAAGACGACACGUGUCACUUUCAGACGUCCGAGGCCAUCCUGAAGGAGCUCGACAUGCUGGAUGCCAAACUCUACCUGGACUUUAUCGUCCUCGCCAUCUUCUUCUUCUCUCUGAGGAUCAUAGCCUACUUUGUCCUGCGGUACAAGAUCAGCUCUGAGAGAUAGACCAGAACCAGGAGGGGGACCUGAAGAGUCUGUCUGUAUUUGGACUCUGAUGAGGAGACAUUGUCUGUCUGACGUCUGGUUGGAUUCAGGUCUUGCAGGGACCGGAGCUGGUCUCCUGGUUUCUGAAGGAUUUAUUGUGCAACAUUCUGAUCUUAUCAGAAUAAAAGCCUCUCUGAGUGGGUUUCUGAAAUGAGACUCUGAUCCAGACAUUUUUAGGACCACAAGAACGUCUCUGUGAUGUUAGUGAAUUAUUGAUAAAUUUGUGAAUGGAGAUGUGGGGACUAACCAAGACUGUCUCAGAAAUGAAGGUGUCUCACGUCCUGAGUCCUGGCUUCAGUGUUUACUUCUCAGUCUUCAUCGUGAAGCUCUGCUCUUCAUGCUUUAUGUUCUGAUCGGUGUGAAGCUUUGCUGAACAUCAACACCUUUUCACUGGUUUGGGUUGAAAUCUGAAUGUAUCCUGAUCAGAAUUUACAGUAAACAGUCUGAAAGUGUG